GAUCUCUGGAUAUAUAUUCAUAGGAAAACGCUAGAACUUGCGUAUCAUGUGAUUACGGUUUAAGCAUUUGAACACUGGGGUUGGACAAGUUCGUUUUAUCCUUGGUGUAGUUCAAAAAAUAGAACCGAAUCGACCGGGUACACAAGCACGCAUUCCCCAAAAUGGCGUUGAGCAGGGGUAAAUUUUGGUUAUUUCAGCGCUCAAGUGUUUUUAAUAGAGAUAUAGUAGAAAGUAACCUAAUAUCGCGUCCUGCCACUACGUCUCCUACGGGUUCAAUACUACCGGAACCCAAGAAAACGCGAUUUGGAAUUGUCGGAGUAAUAUGCGGCGUGAUAGUUGGGCUUUUAAUUGGAGCCGCUAUUAGUAAAAACGUUGCCAAUUUCCUUGAAGAAAAUGAGUUGUUUGUGCCAUCCGAUGAUGACGACGACGAUGAUUAACAUGAUAAACCAUGUAGUUGACUCUUAUAGUUGAAAGAAAGUAUGACAUCGACACAAUGUAUGACCUCUAAAAUAUAUGUCAGGAGAUAUGCUUUGACAAGUGUGCAUAGUUUCAGAUUUAUUUAUUUACAAAAAUGACAAAGGUCAGUGCGAGAAUCGUUAAUCGUACAAGUACCUAUAGACGUAUACAAAUAUAUUUAUGCUUUAAAUAAAUUAUAUUUUGCGAUGAGAAACUAUAAUACAGCAUCGAGUUUUCUUCCUGUUUCAAAGGCCUCUACUAGCCUGAUGCUCAAUUCAGCAAAUAAAUAGUUUCGAAAUUCUCUUAAAGAGUUAUAUGACGGUAACUAUAGCAUAUCCACAAGUAAAAGAGCUUUUGGAAUAUCCUUCCUAUGACUUUUAAAGUGAAAGAGUUGCCUAGGCUGGAUCUUUUACUCAUGGAAUAACUGUGGUAGUUCCAUAUGUAAUCUCUAGUGACUAUCCUUCGGUUGUAUGAAUAAAUGCAAGGGCAGAGGAUUGUGAAGAAAAUCCAAAAAAAAUACAAACAUACCAUUCAAACAGUUAAAAUAAAUACAAUCAAGUACUAUCUUAUAUACAGUGGCGACCUGACUCAAACCGAGCUUUAUGUUUUUUGAUUUGCGCGAUAGAACAUUAUUAAACAGUACGUACUUAAGCAACAGCGUUAUACUUUUCUUCUCUUUUUCAUGUUUGCUCGUUUUCAUUCGGGUGGCCUCUUGUGUAAACCCCAACC